AUGGGCGCCUAUCUCUAUGGGCGCCUAUCUCUAGGGGCGCCUAUCUCUACGGGCGGGCGCCUAUAUCUAUGGGCGCCUAUCUCUAUGGGCGCCUAUCUCUAUGGGCGCCUAUCUCUAUGGGCGCCUAUCUCUAUGGGCGCCUAUCUCUAUGGGCGCCUAUCUCUAGGAGCGCCUUUCUCUAGGGGCGCCUAUCUCUAUGGGCGCCUAUCUCUAGGGGCGCCUAUCUCUAUGGCCGCCUAUCUCUAUGGGCGCCUAUCUCUAGGGGCGCCUCUCUCUAUGGGCGCCUAUCUCUAUGGGCGCCUAUCUCUAUGGGCGCCUAUCUCUAUGGGCGCCUAUCUCUAUGGGCGCCUAUCUCUAGGGGCGCCUAUCUCUAUGGGCGCCUAUCUCUAUGGGCGCCUAUCUCUAGGGGCGCCUAUCUCUAGGGGCGCCUAUCUCUAUGGCCGCCUAUCUCUAUGGCCGCCUAUCUCUAGGGGCGCCUAUCUCUAG